CCCCUUGGGUUUCCUUGCACCCGUUAUACUGCCAGCCAAGAUCUUAAUGCAGCAGUUGUGCAAAGAAAAACUCACAUGGGAUGACGACAUUCCUGAACAGUUUGAAAAAAGAUGGAAAGCCUGGUUACAAGAGUUGCAUCAAUUGUCUGAGUUCAGUGUUGCAAGAUGCAUAAAACCAGUUGACUUUGGAGUUACAACAACAGCACAACUUCAUCACUUCUCAGACGCAAGUGAGAUGGGAUAUGGAGUUGUCUCAUACCUCAAGUUUGUAAAUGCUGAUGGACUCACACAUUGUGCUUUCAUGAUGGGGAAGUCUCGUGUAGCACCUCUGAAACAAACCACUAUUCCGUGUAUGGAAUUGACUGCAGCAGUAGUGGCUGUGAACACUGACAAGAUGUUGAAAAGUGAAUUGUAAAUGGAGUUACUGGACUCUAUAUUUUGGACUGACAGUACAACAGUUUUGAGAUAUAUUGACAACGAAAAACUUCGUUUCAAAACUUUUGUUGCCAAUAGAAUUGCCAUUAUAAGAGAGUCAACCAAGCCGCAGCAGUGGAGGUAUGUCAGUACUUCACAAAAUCCAGCUGAUUCUGCAUCCAGGGGAGUUUCUUGCGAAAAAUUUGUGAAAGACAUCAACUGGAUCCAUGGUCCCUCUUUUCUCAAAGAACCAGAAUGUAGAUGGCCUGAGAACAUUCAUGACCUGUCGAUAAAAGAGGAUGACAAUGAGAUUAAACAUUCAGCUUCAGUGAAUCUCGUGAGUGCUACAGAGAGCACAGAUGCUGUGAGCAAACUGAUUAAUUAUCACUCUGAUUGGUACAAGUUGAAAAGAUCUGUUGCCUGGAUUCUUUGUGUCAAGGACAUGCUUAAACAAAAAACAAAAAAAGUUGAAAGAUGUGUAGAUGACCCUAUGGCGGAAAACCACAAGUCUCUGACAAUUCAGGACUUAACAAGAGCAGAAAACGAAGUUAUCAAGUUCAUUCAAAGCCAAAAAUUCAAAGAAGAAAUUUCCAUGUUGCAAAAAGGUAAUGCAUCUGUAAAAAGGAACAGUUGCCUUUCCAAACUGGAUCCAAUACUGCAGGAUGGAGUGCUAAGGGUUGAAGGACGUCUUGGUAGGUCUGCAAUGCCUGAGCAUGUAAAACACCCAGUCAUUAUACCUAAAGAUUCACAUAUCACAACUUUAAUCUUAAGAGACAUUCAUGAAAAAGUUGGACAUUGCGGAAGGAAUUAUAUGCUUUCAAAAUUGCGGCAAAAAUUCUGGAUUACAACUGCUAACUCCCUUGUGAGAAAGUUUCUUUCCAGUUGUGUCACAUGUAGAAAGAUCAGAGCAAAGGCUGGUGAACAAAAGAUGUCUGAACUACCAUAUGACAGAGUAACACCAGAUCAUCCACCCUUCACAAACAUAGGAGUAGACUAUUUUGUACCCUCUGAUGUCAGACAAAGUAGAAGUAAUGUUAAAAGGUAUGGUGUAUUGUUUACUUGUUUAACAACUAGAGCUGUGCAUAUUGAAGUUGCACAUUCAUUGGACACAGACUCCUGUUUGAAGGCCAUUCGACGCUUUGUGUGCAGGAGAGGUCAGGUGUUAAUCAUGAGAAGUGACAAUGGAACUAACUUCAUAGGUGCUGAGGUUGAACUGCGUAAAGCUAUCCAACAGUGGAAUCAGUCAAAAAUUUAAUGCACUCUCAUGCAAAAAGGGAUACAGUGGAUAUUCAACCCACCUUCUGGGUCU